CUGUGACAACAAAGAUAUUAUAUAUCAACUUGCACUGGGCUAACAUUCUCCUCAACCUCCCAAUCCCAUCAAGGCUCUUGAGAGAGAUCAGAUCAGGUGGGAUGGCAGAUGAGUAUUUUGACCCUUCUACGGCUGUUGACCUACUGGGCACUUUUGGACAGACUGAAAUUGGGGAGGAGCAGGAGGAGAGAUUUGAGGUUUCUUUGGACAUAGGCGACUUAUUAAAUGAUCAAACGAGCAACAGAGGAACUGAUAAUGGAAAGGAAAUAGAAAUAUCAAGUGCUUAUCAAGAAUAUCCUUGGAAGCGCAACUUCUAUAAACCAUCUUUGGUAUCCAUUGGGCCCAAGUACUCUAAAGAGGUUGAUCAAGUUAAGGACAAGGAAUACAAGAAUUUGUAUAUGAAGUCUUUUCUCGAAAGGGCAACAAAACAACCUGAAGAAGAAGAAAAGUAUAGGGAAUACCUUAGGAAUCCAUAUAUGAAAUUGAUGGACAAAGCCCGAAAUUAUUACAAGGAAAUUGGAGUUACGUACCCCCAUAAUGAUGAAGAGUUGGUAGAAAUGUUGGUGCUUGAUGGUUGCUUUGUGGUUGAGUUUGUUAUGAAAUGCAAAGAAGGCGGCAAUGGUGAUCCUCGCAAUAGCGUUGAAGGGAAGAAAGCUCGUGAAGACAUGCUUUUGUUCGAAAAUCAACUCCCUUUUGAUGUCGUCUCAGCCAUUUAUAGGAAAAUGAUUGGUGAUACUGAAGAAGAAGUUCCUAGUUUUAUAAGCCUAGUGAAGUUCGUUUUUGCCUCUUUAGCACCAAAGUUUAACAUUAUUAACUUUUAUGAUGACAAUAAACCUGAACAACCCAUGGAUCUACUCCAUGUGGUCUACAGUCUUUGUCUUCCGAGAAAUGCCCAAACCCUAAUUUCCCAGAGUAAUGAGGCACAAGGGAAUGCAAAUAGGUGGCUAAGAAUAAACCAUAUGAACAGUACGACAGAGCUCAAACAGGUUGGAAUUAGCUUUAACAAGAUUGGCCAAGUCUUUAAUAUGCCAAAGAAAUAUGAAAAUAUUCCACCACAGAAAUAUUAUUAUUGGGUUGGCAUUAGCUUGUUUGAUAUAACCUUUUCUCAUGGGGUAAUGAGAAUUCCUUGCUUUAAAGUCGACAACUACACUAAAUUAUUCUUCCGAAACAUGAUCGCCAUGGAGCAGCGCUGUAAUGACACACUAAACCCCAAAUACUUCACAGAUUAUGCGAGGUUGAUGGACCACUUGGUGGACACCAAUAGAGACGUCAGUUUACUCCGCAAGAAUGGGAUCAUUCAAAACCUCUUAGGUGAAGAUAGGAAGGUGGCCUCUAUUUUCAACAACCUCAGUGCCGAGGUAGAUACUUCCACCAACUUCUAUUUUGCAUCGGUGUACAAGGAUGUGGAUAAGCACUCUCACGAUGACUGGUGUAAUUGUAAUUGGAGCAAAUCACAAGCUUACUGCCUAUGGAAAGUGAUUUCUACUUUCUUGAUUGCUGUCUCCUUGUGGAUUUUGGCAAUUAGUCAAAGAAACAACUUUAGGCAGCAGACUUAAUAUUUGGCCAAUAACCCUACUCCCGCUGGCUAAAUAUGUACUAUGUACUUAUGUAGUUUAACCAGUUUCAUCAAUGUGUACUUCAGACUAAAUACUUUGUAAAACAAAACUUGAAUCUUGCCGCGGGUUGCGAGGUUUAUUGUAUGCGUCUUAAGUUUCAUCAUGACUAGUGUCUUCUGUCCCGAGUGGAUCAACAUAUAUUGUACAUUGUUAUUGUUGUUUUCAUUUAUCCGAU